AUGAAUAAAAUUUGUUUGCUUGCAUUACGUCGUAGUUAUGCAACAACAUCAACAUCAACAUUUCGUGCUGCUGAUACAAUAAUAAAAAAAACUGAACAUGGAAAUCCAAAACCAGAUCCGAAUAAACUUGUUUUUGGUGCAAAUUUUUCGGAUCAUAUGUUAACAAUAAAACAUACAAAUGCAUCCGGUUGGGAAAAACCAGUAAUCGAACCAUUAAAACCUUUUUCUAUUCAUCCAGCGGCAAAAGUUUUACAUUAUGCUAUAGAAAUUUUCGAAGGCUUGAAAGCUUAUCGUGGUAAUGAUGGAAAAAUACGUCUUUUUCGACCUGAUUUAAAUAUGAAACGAAUGCUUACAUCAGCUGAACGAAGUGUUUUACCAAUAUUCGAUGGAAAUGAACUUUUAGAAUGCAUAAAAAAAUUAAUUCAAGUUGAUGCUGAUUGGGUACCAAGAUCAACUUCAAGUACACUUUAUAUUCGACCAACUUUAAUUGGUACUGAACCAACAUUGGGUGUUGGUGCUUCAAAUGAAUCAUUAUUAUUUGUCGUUACCGGUCCCGUUGGUCCUUAUUUUCCAACUGGUUUUAAACCUGUUUCAUUACUUGCAGAUACGUUCCAUUGUCGAGCGUUUCCAGGUGGUGUGGGUGCAUAUAAAGCUGGCUCCAAUUAUGGACCAACAAUUUAUGUGAAUCAAUUGGCUCAUUCAAAAGGAUGUCAACAAGUAUUAUGGCUUUAUGGCGAUAAACAACAUAUUACAGAAGUUGGUACAAUGAAUGUAUUUAUGUAUUUGAAAAAUAAAAAAGGAGCUAAUGAAUUAGUUACACCACCAUUGAAUGGACUUAUUUUACCUGGUGUUACUCGUCAAAGUAUUUUGGAUCUUGGACGUACAUGGAAAGAGUUAACUGUUUCGGAACGAGAAAUAACAAUGGAUGAACUUUUAGAAGCACAUCGAGAGAAUCGACUUUUGGAAAUGUUUGGUGCUGGUACAGCAUGUAUUGUUUGUCCAGUUGAACGCAUUAUUUAUGAAGGAAAAGAAUAUAAUUUGGCAACAAUGAACAAAGGAGCUCCGUUAACAAUUCGAUUUCAUGAUGAACUUGUCAAUAUUCAAUUUGGUCGAAAACCAAGUAAAUGGACAGUUGAUGUUGUUUAA